AAAAAGCCAGAAUAUCGAAUCCAUACUAGACUGGUAACAUCUACGUAUGGGAAACCUAUUUACUAUUUUAAUGACCAUUUGGAACUACUAGUUGCUUUUCGUGAUGCCAUCAAAGGACAUCGUAAUUUGUAUCAAAUAGCUAGAAUUCUUCACAGGGAUAUCUCACUGUACAACAUUUUGAUAGGAGAUGAUGGACGGGGAUUUAUUAUCGAUUUGGAUUAUGCGAUUGAUACUGGCUCGUGUCAAGAAAAGAAUAAAGUACAAGGGCAUCGAACAGGAACAUUACCCUUUAUGGCAAUUGAUAUUCUUCUGCAACAGUCAGCUCAUGGUUUUCAACAUGACCUAGAAUCUUUCUUCUACGUAUUAUGUUGGAUCUGUUGUGAAUUUGAAGGACCUUGUGGUACACCACGUGAUAAAGGGUGUGAAAGAAAAAAUUUGAUCGCAUGGGCUACUGGUCUUCCAGAAAACAUUGGCUUUAUGAAGCUUGGGAUGAUGCAACAAUUUGAUUAUGUUAUGGAUACUUUCUCGCCCUAUUUUAAGAGUUUCCAUCAUUUCAUGAGAAAGUUA